GCCAAAGGUCCUUCGGUCUUUUUCAGUUUCUUAAGCGAGGCAGCUGCCAGCAUGAACGACACAGUCACAGUUAGGACCAGGAAAUUCAUGACGAACAGGUUGCUUCAGAGGAAGCAAAUGGUUGUUGAUGUCCUCCACCCCGGCAAGGCGACAGUCCCGAAGACCGAAAUCAGGGAGAAGCUUGCCAAAAUGUACAAGACCACACCAGAUGUGGUGUUCGCUUUUGGCUUCCGGACUCAGUUCGGCGGCGGCAAAACAACAGGGUUUGCCAUGGUUUAUGACUCCCUGGAUUACGCCAAGAAGAAUGAGCCCAAACACAGACUGGCCAGGCAUGGUCUGUUUGAGAAGAAGAAGUCCUCCAGGAAACAGCGCAAGGAGAGAAAGAACAGAAUGAAGAAAGUGCGAGGUGUUGCCAAGGCUAGCGUGGGUGCAGCUGGCAAAAAGUGAGCCAACAUAGUCAAAGAACCUCAUUCAAGAUCACGCUUUUGGAUACCAUCAUCAAAUAAAUUACAAAAAAAAAUUGAAA